AUGAGGUGCAUUCAUCGGAAUGCCGCGCUCGCGGUAGUCCUCAUGUCAGCAGGGGCUUUUUCAUCACAAAAUCCGCUCCUACGUGAUGAAACCACGCCGUUUAUAAAUAGCAUGGACAAUGAAGGCCAAGGUUUCAAUACAUUUACCGGCGCUGUCGGAAACACCGAUGCGGUGAGAGUCAUCAAACCUGCAGAUAACGCUAGAGUCAAGGCUCGCUCUACGGGUUCAACGGAUGAAAUUGAUACAACGGAUAUCAGCGAUGAACCGUACAAUGUAACUGAACUAGUUGCUAUGAUUCCUGAUGGCCUAGGUGCUCUCGGCAGUCAUCCUCAGCCUCUUCCAUCUGGCAACGGAAAAAGGUCUGAUCUUCCAGCGGGCAACUGGCCACGGGCCCCGAACGGUGUUCGACUAUAUUCCGCCGUCGAGGUUAAGAGCUUUGAGCAGCUGUUUAAAACCCUUGGCAUUAGUGGUUCGGUAGCUCUCUCUGGCUAUGGCCAGUCUGGAAAAGCGUCAGCCAGUUAUUUGGAUAAGAAAUCAUUUGAAGCAAGCUCCGUCACAUACCUAGUCAGGGUUAUCGUUAUGAAGCAGCCUGAGUCGAAUUAUAAGUAUGAACUUGUGCUAAAUGACGACAUUCCCGACAGCGCAAUUCCAUCUUGGUACGGGGAUCGCUUCAUUAUGAAAUACAUCCAAGGCGGGUCAUAUUACGCGCGAGUGUCUAUUACUAGCCGGGAAGAGGGAAGGACCCAAGAUGUUACAGCAGCUGCUGCGGCCGUGUUUAACGGUUUUGGCGUUCAGGCGAACGUUUCCGCUGAAUAUAGCGACAGCUUAAAGACUCUCACCCAGCACUCAACCAUUACGAUAGACAGAAUGACUAUCGGCCCCCUCGGUUUGGACUACAAAGCAACUGAACGCUCUGAUGGCAAGGCUUCCGAUAUACUUGAGGGCCUUAAAAAGGAAGCAGAAGAUGUCUAUAAUUACUCUCAUCAAAACUCUAACAAGAUUUAUGCCAUCCUGGGAAAGUACAAUCUCGUCAAAGGCUACUACAAAAACAAGACGGCAGUUUUCACGCCUCCAAACUACGAAUCCGUAGAUACUUCCCCAGUCUAUGAGGCAUAUCUUGAAUUCAAGAACCUCCAACGAAAGGUCGAGAAUACUAACUCCAAUGCCUUCAGGGGAGGCAAAGAGCAACAAAUGAAUCUACAGCAACUUGCACGUGAGCAUGACAUAGCGUUCAGGGCAUGGGUUACCAAUGUUGCCGCAAAUCCAACAGUGUCCUACACCAUCCCUGACGUCGCGGCAUUCCGUGAAACCGUAUCGGAAGCCAUGAACUCAACAGUCUACGCGGCUCUUUUCGAGCAUACAAACUACCAGGGAGAACAGUUUCAAAUCAAAACACUUGAGAAAUGCCUCACUCUUCCUCCGAACAUGUACGUGGAUGAACCUGGUCGCUUCCAUUUACGAUUCCAAGCAGAUUAUCUCUAA